AGCAUUGAUCGUGCAUGUUCUACGUCUGGGAACCGUCUUAACGUUCGUUAAAUAUGACCAGCGCCGUGUCUCCAGCAUCACUCCCCUCCACUAAUUCUUCCGAAGAUCUCAAGCCGGGUUCCUUUAUCAACAAACGAACCAUUGGGGUUUUCUCGCUUGGUGCCAUAGCUUUCUUCAAUGUCUCCGGAGGUCCAUUUGGUUCUGAAGAAAUGUAUUCAGCCGGUGGUCCUCUAUGGGGUAUUAUAGGAAUGCUCAUGGGUUUAUUCUGUUGGUCCGUACCAAUGUCGUUCAUGACCGCUGAGUUGUCGAGUGCCUUCCCGUAUAAUGGUGGUUAUUCUCUAUGGGUUAAAGCUGCCUUUGGGAAGUUCUGGGGUGUGCAGGAAUCCUAUUGGUCCUGGGUCAGCGGCGUUGUAGACAAUGCUGUCUAUCCCGUCAUCAUUUUCCAGACUAUCAGCAGUGUUGCACCCGAUACAUUCGGUGCUAUGUCUGACGGUCUAGCUUGGUUGUUUAAAGCAGGCAUUAGUGUCAUCUUUACUAUACCAAUGCUGUUCUCUAUCAAACUUACAGGAACUGGACUCUUGCAGAUGUCCGUCUUCCUACUGAUUCCAUUCGUUGUCUUCAUCAUCUGGGGUCUCACUAAGGCCGAUCUAAGCGUCUUGGGCGAGACCCUCCCGGUGAAUGAGAUAGAUUGGGUCAAUUGGGCCAUCGUUUGCUUCUGGAACAUGUCUGGUGUUGACUGUGUUUCCACUGUAGCCGGCGAGGUCAAACGUCCCUCGUAUACCGUUAUUCGAGCGCUUCUUGGUUGUAUGACCGUAUGCACGUUACAGUACUUCUUCGUCCUGUCAACUGCAGCGGGUAUCGAUGGAGAUAACUGGCAGAAUUGGGAGGCCGGGUCUCUUUCCGGAAUCGCCAAACGUGCUUUUGGAGAUUGGUUCGGUUGGUGGUUGGUUGCUGCUGCCAUCGUUGGUAGUGCUGGCCAAUACGUUGCUGAACUUUUGGAGGACAGCUAUCAGAUCUGCGGUAUGGCCCGCGCUGGCUUGGCCCCGAGGUGGUUUGGUCAGCUUCAUUCUCACUAUCGUACUCCUUGGUUUGCCAUGUUCUUCCAAUUGAUCAUCAUCUGCGCUCUGGUCUCUUUCGAUUUCAACUCAAUCUUAUCUGUCGACUCUUUUAUGUCUUGCUUAUCGGCUUUAUUAGAAGUAUUCGCUCUCCUUAAACUAAGAUGGUCUCAACCGAAUUUGGAGAGACCUUUCAAGAUUCCCGUGAAGUCGUUCUGGUGGCUAUCAGUCGUCCUCACGCCGUGUAUUGUAUUCGGCUCGUUCGUUGUUAUUGCUUCCUUUAUCGCCGAUAAGUUUACCCUCAUUCUCAACUGCGUGGUUUUAGUUCUUGGUGUCCCACUCGGUUGGCUAGCCGUUAAACAUGCGGAGAAGCUCGGAAUCAAACAGAACUGGGAGGAUGGCUUUGACGCCGGUCUUGACCAAGUUGAUGUUCGUUCUGAGGCCGCCGUCGCCGCAUCUCCCCAUGCUGGAGAGGAGGAGAAGGAGUUCCCCCCGUCGAAAGGCGAUUCCGAGAGACCAGCAUCAGCACUAGCAUCAGUGAAUGUGUAGUCACACAAGUUUCGAAGGUCUAUCACUGAUGUGGGAGAAUAGGUGGGCACCUCUCUCAACAACAAGGCCGAGCAUCCGAUCAGCCUAUGUACGUGGGAUAUGGUUCUUUCCUUAAGAAGUUGAUUCGAUUAUGAUUGAGUUCCUUGUGCGAGCUGUUCCUCACUGAGUGACUUCCCUUUAUUGUGUGUUCCACUUCACUGCACUCAAAGACGCCUAAAAACGUCCAUUAUUCAUCAUCAUCAUUGUCGUCGUCGUCUACAUACUACCAAGUGUCCUUACUCACGUACUAUAGGAAUAGUCUUAUGUUUCGUCAUCAAUAAAUUCCUACAUACUGCGUUC